CGUACAUCCAUCUCUCCUCCUCCAACUUUUCUCAAUCAUUCUCUCUUCUCUUUUCGACACCGAGAGACGCGGGAUUCAAUUCAACGCUCCUCUGGAUUUUUCAUUUCUUUCAGUUAAUAAUUUUCCUUUUCUUCACCUAGAAACUAUUUAUUUACGGGUGUUUUUAUUCUCUCUUUUCCAUUUUUAGUGUCAUUUGUUCCUCACACGAGAGAGAGAGAGAGAGACAAAAAAAAAAUUGUUCUUGGCUUCCUUUUUUCCGUUUCUGGAUUUUUAAUUUACAAAAAAAAGAACUCGAAUUUAUUUGACUGCGUAGAGGAGAAGAUUCUAGGAGAAAAAGAAGAGCUUCAAGGCGAUAGCGUUUGCAGAACGUGACAACAUUAAAAUAUUGAAAGCCUCGUUUGUUUUUGACGGUGUCAUGCUUCCGUGCUCGUGCUUAGUCCGAAAUUGACGAAAUACCCCGAGAAAAGGAAGAAGAUAAAUCUGGAGAACAUUUGCAAUUUAGACAAAAAGCCCCAAGAAAAUCCGAGGAUGUUUGGGAUCCAAAGCAGAAGGGAUUUAACCAUGGAGCUGCAAUCUCAGAUUCCGAUUCUCCGUCCGAGCAUCCACGCGAGACGAGCCAACAUCGUCGUCAAAUUCCAGGACUUGUACGGAUUCACGGUGGAAGGAAAUGUCGACGACGUGAACGUGUUGAACGAAGUGAGGGAGAAAGUUAGGAAUCAAGGGAGAGUCUGGUGGGCUUUGGAAGCUAGCAAAGGAGCUAACUGGUAUCUUCAGCCGGAGAUUCUCUUGAUCGGUGACGGAAUCGCCUUGAAAACAUCUCUCAAGAUCUCGACCUUGACGAAUGCAAUCACCUUGAAGAGGCUGAUUAGGAAAGGGAUCCCGCCGGUUCUCAGGCCAAAGGUCUGGUUUUCUCUCUCCGGUGCCGCCAAAAAGAAGUCCACCGUGCCGGAUAGUUAUUACAGUGACUUGAGCAAGGCCGUCGACGGAAAGGUCACGCCAGCAACUCGGCAGAUCGAUCAUGAUCUGCCACGGACUUUCCCAGGCCAUCCAUGGUUGGACACUCCAGAGGGUCAUGCUGCACUACGACGUGUGCUUGUUGGGUAUUCCUUUCGCGAUUCUGAUGUUGGCUAUUGUCAGGGCCUAAAUUACGUUGCAGCGUUACUAUUGCUUGUGAUGAAGACAGAAGAAGACGCAUUCUGGAUGCUCGCAGUUCUUUUGGAAAACGUAUUAGUCCGUGACUGCUACACAACCAACUUGUCUGGAUGCCAUGUUGAGCAGCGGGUUUUCAAAGAUUUGCUUGCGCAAAAGUGCCCUCGAAUAGCUACUCAUCUUGACGAUAUGGGCUUUGAUGUUUCCCUUGUAGCCACCGAGUGGUUUCUUUGCCUCUUCUCAAAAAGCUUUCCUUCCGAGCAUUUUCAAUAAAUUUUUCCUCCUUGAGCUAACUUAAGAAAAGUCUAAUUUCACGGAUAUCUCGUUCAUUUCCAGAUGAAAGAAAACGAGCUGCUUAUGACCCACCAGGUCGGUGAUGUAAUCAACAUAUUACAGACCACCUCACACCAGCUCUUUGACCCGGAUGAGUUAUUAACGGUGGCGUUCGAGAAAAUUGGAUCAAUGACUACCAACACCAUAUCUAAGCAGAGGAAGAAGCAGGAACCGGCGGUGAUGGCAGAACUUGACCAGAGACUUCGGAGACUCAACUCUCUUAAAGAGAAUGGUAAGAACACAUGAAUAAAACAAAAAACUGUUGGGAGAAGAUGAGCCAAAAAGUGUACAACGAGGGAGCCCAAUGGUUUAUUUAUACCCCUCUUGAUGUUUUUUUUUUAAAUCUUCUUUUAACGUAUAUAAAUAGGAUUUUACUUAAUCUUGAGAGCAAAACAAAAGACCAGUAUCCAUUUUCUGAGAUGGUAAAUGUCAAGUUUCUUUCACUU